GGGCAGUAUCGUUGUGCGCAGGCGCAGGAGCACUUCACACAACCGCAAUAAGCAAACAUGGCGGCGGCCGUCGACAGUGUUGUGAAAGUGCUGGGAGAGCAGUAUUACAGAGAUGCCAUGGAGCAGUGUCACAGUUACAAUGCUCGUUUGUGUGCCGAGCGCAGCAUCCUUAUGCCUUUUCUGGACUCUCAGACCGGUGUAGCUCAGUCCAACUGUUACAUCUGGAUGGAGAAGAGACAUCGAAGUGCAGGUGUAGCUCCAGGACAGCUGUACACCUACCCUGCUCGUCGCUGGAGGAAGAAACGGCGUUCUCAUCCCCCUGAGGACCCCCGCUUGGCUUUCCCACCUCUCAAAGCAGCAGAUUUGGAGUUAGGGUUGAAGCGGGAUGCAUUGGGGCCAGUGGAUGGCAGCAGCCUGGAGGCACUACUCAAGGGUGAGCCCCACGACAGGAGGAAUGCCACGUCGGAUAUCCGUGGUUCUGAGGAUGAUGCAGCAGCCGUUGAACCUCCGGCCACCUCAACGACCACCCACACUUCCUCUGGCCGUAUACGCAAGAGAGUCUUAGACCAUGAUGACUACUUGGAUGACCUGGACGAUGAAGACUUUGAAGACGAGACCCCAAAGAGACGGGGCAAGAGCAAAUCCAAGGGUCGCAGCGACAAGAAUGGCAAGAAAAAGCAAGAGGCUGCAGCUGCUGCGAUGGAGGAGAGGGACAAACCAUACGCCUGCGACAUCUGUGGGAAGCGCUACAAGAAUCGUCCUGGCCUGAGCUACCACUAUACACACUCUCACCUGGCCGAGGAGGAGGGCGAGGACCGCGAGGAGAUCGAGGCACCACCCACUCCUCGCCAGCCUGAGGAGCAGAAGACAACAAAGAAGGGUCCCAAUGGGCUGGCACUGCCCAACGAUUACUGUGACUUCUGUCUGGGAGACUCCACCUUAAACCAGAAGACGGGCCAGUCAGAAGAGCUGGUGUCCUGCUCAGACUGUGGUCGCUCAGGCCACCCGACAUGCCUGCAGUUCACCCCAGUCAUGAUGGCUGCAGUGAAGACGUACCGCUGGCAGUGCAUUGAGUGCAAAUGCUGCAAUGUUUGUGGCACCUCAGAGAAUGACGACCAGCUGCUCUUCUGUGAUGACUGUGACCGAGGCUACCACAUGUACUGUCUGAGUCCCCCUAUGACUGAACCACCAGAGGGGAGCUGGAGCUGCCACCUGUGCCUGGCCCUGCUGAAGGAUAAAGCUUCCAUAUACCAGCAGAACCAGAACUCUGCCCCAGAGUGACAUCAUAGCAGCUAGUCCUGCCCCCUCCGUACAACACACUCCAACCCCACAACCUCCUCCCGAUGGGAAAGCCAGACCCCCUUUCAGUCCAGAGCGCCAGGCUCUGUCCAGAUGUAGCUGAGCCAGAUCUCAGAUCAGCUUCACAAGUCUUAAAAUCUUCCCAUCAGUAGGGGGAUCAGUCUACAUGGGGUUAAACUAUCACUACCGACCUGCCUGUAAAGCCCCUUGGGCUUACCAUCAAACACGUACAUAUUGUGCACAUAUAUACAGUGUAGACGCACUCUCUCUCCUGAACUGUUAUACACACACAAUAGACGCAGACACAGAGAGCAUGCAGUAACCAUAGCAACUGCUGUCUCCAAGGGAGCGAACUGAUUAGCAUCACCGCUAAUUAUUUGUACCCUUUUGCUCUCAAAGACAGUGCAGACUGUCAAGACAACACAGAUUCUCUUCUGCCAAAUGAUCUAUUUUUACUCCCUGAAUGUGGGAGAGAGAGAACAUUCAACACCUUUAUGGUCGAGGAUUAUUAUAAUUACUAUUGUUAUUGUUCUGGUUACUAGUGGACUUUUGUAGUGGCAUUCAUCUGUGUACUUUUGUCUGAUUGGAGCAGUUUUUUCUUUUUUUUUUAAGAAGAAGUUUCCCUGGGGGGAAGCCAGUCAGUGCCAAGGUCCACUAUCAUUUGAAAUUUCACAACUGAAGACCCACGCAGCCUUUCAUAAUCUGAACAUCUUUGUUUUCAAAUCAGUGGGACAAAACCGUUAAAACAAAGUUUUUAUUUUUUUUGCCAACAAAAAACUUUGGCUUUGACUUGUUAUGCUGUUUUAGCACAAAAUCUUUGGCCUUGAGUUGCACCAAAUCCAACUUUUCAUUGCUGAUUCAGUUGAGUUAACCAAACACUAUAUCACACAUCGAACACUGAAAGUUUCACUGAAGAUACAAAAGUUACGUCAGCUUACUGUCUCUCAUUUUAACAGAUAAUGCUGCUCUUAUCAAGAAAGUCUACUACAAAACAAUGAGCCACCAUAGAGGUCCGUCUUUUUUGUGCAAGCUUUUUUAGAAACUGCAGCGACAUCUAAGUUGCUGCUGUCAAGCAGAUGUCUUAAAGAAUCAAUCACAAACUGUAGCUGCUUUCAUCAUCUGUCACACUGCGGUGGAUUUGCAUGCACAUUGCACCAGUUUAAAUGCACACUCAUAUCACAAGUGUAUUUUUUUUUGUUUUUGUUGUAUUGUUUAUUUUUUUACAUUUUAUAUUACUUGAUAUUCCAUUGGUACUGGGAGUUUUUCUAGUAGAAUUUUGUCUAUUGAAGUUUAUUGUAUUGCAACACUUCAAGUAUAUAGCUCCUAAUGCAUUGUAUGUACUGUAUUGACUUUUUCUAUUUUUGUUAUUACUGUGACAUGUUUGAAUUGAUUUGAUUAUUCUGGUAUGUCAGACCUCCAUUAUGAGUAUUUGUAAAAUGAUGUACUUUGAUGUACUAUUUUUAUUUUUUCAUUUCUUUGGCAUCAAAGCCGAUUUAGCCUGACUUAUAAAUAAAAAAUCACUUUGAA